AUGCCCAACCUACCCUUCCUCGGAAACCUCUUCGGCUCGAGCUCGUCGCAAACCAUGUCCGACAACACGAACUUCCCCGUCCAGAAGACCGAGGGCGAAUGGCAGGCCAUCCUGAGCCCUGAGCAAUUCCGCAUCCUCCGCAACAAAGGCACCGAAGCCCCCGGCUCAGGAACCUACAACAAGCACUACCCAUCUACCGGCGUCUAUACGUGCGUCGGAUGCGCCGCGCCCUUGUACAAAGCGAACCACAAGUUCGAUUCCGGGUGCGGGUGGCCUGCGUUCUGGGACGCGGUCCCCGGUGCCGUGGGCCAGAAGACGGAUUCAAGUUUGGGAAUGUCGCGCACGGAGAUCGUGUGUAAUAACUGCGGGGGACAUCUGGGGCAUAUUUUCAAGGGGGAGCGGUUUGGGAAUCCGAAGGAUGAGAGGCAUUGUGUUAAUAGUGUCAGUAUUAAUUUCAGUGCUGGGGAGAAGAAGGAAGGGGAGUGA